AAUCUCGAAAAACAAAUACACAGAGCCUAAAUAUACGUCCAGCUUCUUCUUCUCUCUCUAACUCUCCAUCCUUGACUCCAUUCCUCACAUUCCUUGACCCCUCUCUCCAUCUCUCUCCCUCUCUCUCUCAUCUCUCUCUCUCUCCAGGGGUCAUCUCUCCCAAUCUCUCCCAAAUCUCUCCCACAUCAUGGCUUCAGAAAUGGCAGAAACCGAUCGCGAGGGCAUCGACGGCGUCCGCAUGACCUGGAACUCAUGGCCUCGCACCAAAGUCGAAUCCUCCAAAUGCGUCAUCCCCAUCGCGGCUUCCAUCUCUCCGAUCCGAUCUCACCCAGAUAUCCUCACCCUCCCGUACGCCCCUCUGCGUUGCAAGACGUGCUCGGCGAUUCUAAACCCUUUUGCCCGCGUGGAUUUCGCGGCUCAUAUUUGGAUCUGCCCCUUUUGUUUCCAGCGCAACCAUUUCCCCCAUCACUACUCCGCCAUCUCGGAGACCAAUGUGCCGGCGGAAUUGUACCAUCAGUACACCACGAUUCAAUACUCUCUGACCCCGAUUGAGGAUCACAAGGUGGGUCCCACCCAGAUGGGGGUGGGCCAGGGCGGGGCGAAUUCGAUGAGGCCGCCGGUGUUUGUGUUUGUGUUGGACACGUGUAUGAUUGAUGAGGAAUUGGGGUAUGCGAAAUUGGCCUUACAGCAGGCGAUUGGGUUGUUGCCUGAGAAUGCGUUGGUGGGGUUUGUUACUUUCGGCACGCAGGUGCAGGUGCAUGAAUUGGGGUUUGGGGAUAUGUCGAAAGUUUACGUUUUUAGGGGGUCCAAGGAAAUGGGGAAAGAUCAGGUCUUGGAUCAGUUGGGGUUAGGUAGGAGGAGUGCUGGUGGUGUUUAUGGUAAAGGUGGACAGGCUGGGGGGUUUGAUAGUGGCAUUCAUAGGUUCCUUUUGCCUGCUUCCGAAUGCGAGUAUACGUUUACCUCGUUGUUAGAGGAGUUGGGUACAGAUUUGUGGCCAGUUCCACCUGGUAAUAGAUCUUUACGGUGUACGGGAGUGGCACUUAGUGUUGCUUCAGGAUUGCUUGGAGCUUGUUUGCCUGGUACCGGUGCACGGAUAAUUGCUCUUGUCGGUGGUCCAUGUACAGAAGGACCUGGCUCGAUUGUAUCAAAGGAUCUGUCUGAACCAGUUCGGUCCCAUAAAGAUUUAGACAAGGAUGCAGCACCUUAUUUUAGGAAAGCUGUCAUGUUCUAUGAAGAACUUGCAAAGCAGCUUGUUAGCCAGGGGCAUGUGUUAGACCUUUUUGCUUCUGCACUUGAUCAGGUUGGUGUUGCCGAGAUGAAAGUUGUCAUUGAGAGAACAGGCGGGCUUGUUGUUCUAUCCGAAAGUUUUGGACACUCUGUUUUUAAAGAUUCUUUUAGGCGUGUUUUUGAAGAUGGUGAACAGUCGCUAGGGCUCUGUUUCAAUGGCACACUUGAGAUCAAUUGUUCAAAAGAUAUAAAGAUUCAGGGGAUUCUUGGUCCUUGUACGUCUCUGGAAAAGAAAGGACCUGCUGUUGCAGGCACAGUCAUUGGACAGGGGAAUACUACUGCCUGGAAGUUGUGUGGCCUAGAUAAAACUACUUGCUUGACUGUUUUCUUUGACAUAUCAUCUAGUGAGAAACCAGAUCCUUCUGGAAAUAUCAAUCCACAGUUGUACAUACAGUUCCUUACAAGUUAUCAGAGCCCUGAUUGUCAACAGAAGCUGCGUGUAACAACCAUAACUAAACGAUGGACAGAUGGUGCUAUUGGGUCGGAGGACUUGGUACAAGGAUUUGAUCAAGAAACAGCUGCCGUAGUGAUUGCAAGAUUGACCUCUCAUAAAAUGGAAAUGGAGGAAGGGUUUGAUGCAACACGGUGGUUAGAUCGGAACCUUAUCCGUCUAUGCUCCAAGUUUGGCGACUACCGCAAAGAUGAUCCCACAUCAUUUACCUUGAACCCCUUAUUUUCAUUGUUUCCUCAGUUUAUGUUUAAUUUGAGAAGAUCACAAUUUGUGCAGGUAUUUAACAAUAGUCCAGACGAGACCGCCUAUUUUCGGAUGUUGUUAAACCGGGAAAAUAUACCCAACUCUCUUGUCAUGAUACAACCAUCACUCAUAUCUUAUUCAUUUAAUGCACUUCCUGAAGCAGUUCUAUUGGAUGUUGCAUCAAUUGGUGCAGAUCGUAUUCUUUUGUUGGACUCAUAUUUUAGUAUAGUUAUAUUUCAUGGAAUGACAAUAGCUCAAUGGAGAAACAUGGGUUACCAGAACCAGGCUGAACACCAGGCAUUUGCACAAUUGUUGCAAGCUCCUCAUAAUGAUUCUAAACUAAUCAUUGGUGAGCGUUUUCCUGUUCCAAGAUUGGUGGUCUGCGAUCAGCAUGGAUCUCAGGCAAGAUUUCUAUUGGCAAAGUUAAAUCCAUCAGCAACAUAUAAUAAUGCUUCUGAAAUGGCAGCUGGUAUGGACGUAAUUUUCACCGAUGACGUAAAUCUCCAGGUGUUCAUUGAACAUCUUCAGAGGUUGGCAGUGCAGUCUUCUUGAGUUUACAAAGAGGGAAAAUUUCUAAAGAAUUAAGUUUUGGUUAUGUAACCGGUGUCAAGUACAACUUCAAUCCCCUCUCUGGUAUCCUCUUGUUCCAUUAUAUGAUUGCUAGCUUUCUUUGUAUCCUUCACAAGACAAGAGAUCAGAACGCACAUCCUAAGAACAAUAAAGAAAGCACAUAUUAUUCUUUAAGGGCUGCAGAGAGGUGUUUGAAAUAAUGGGUCUAGGUUUUGUUUUAUAUUUUCGAGUUUUUCUAUGGAAGAUUGUGAAUGUAAGUUUAUAGUGGAUAUAUUUAAGCAGCAGUUCUGGAGGGCUAUAUGUAGCAAUGUAGAAGUCAGGAGUCUGAUCUACUUGUUCUCUGCAAAAGUCAUACCGUCGUCAAAGCUUUUCAUAUAAAUUUUAUUUUUGGUUUGUAUACUCGGAGACUUGGCUCCGAAUCUGAGAAGUUUAGAAAUUUAUGUUGUUUUUAGUUACUCUUGUUUUCUGACUUGUAAUAUAUACCUAAUUUGUAUGUGCUCUCCCUGGAAGUUAAAAUUACAUAAUUUGACUUUGUUUUGCUCAGAA